UUGAUGGGAUUGCUUUCAUGAGGUUGCCAAACAAGACUUCUUCUUAUGUUAGACAGAGGGGUAAGAACUACGAAGAACAACCAAGUGAGGGCAACAGGACAGCUGUGAGCAGCGAUAUGGGUGCAGAAUCAGGUCUGAAGAGACGAAAUAGAAGAGAAGGGGGAGAUGAAAACC